CUCCACCUUCAAAUGGUCAAACCUCAGAUAAGCAGGCAAAUGAAAUUGGGUGUUCAUCUAAGAAUAGGCGCCGUACUCUUGAACUUUCUCCGACCACCGAUACGGCAAACUUCCCUGUACGCACUCUGUUUGUUAAGGAAAGCAACAACCUCCCAGAUAUUGAUCUCCCUCGCUCGGAUCGGAACCCUUUUACCUUCUCAAACCUAUUAGAGUGCAACACAAUUCCGAGUAUAAGUGAGAUUGAGGCCACUGCAGAAGUUGGAGCUAUGGUCGGCUUCGAGAUUGACAACAGAAAUAAAUUGCUGGCUGAAAUCCUUGGGGUAUCCGAUGAGGCUACAGUGGCCAAAUGAAUUUUCUCUCAAUAAAGACAAGGGGAAUGGGUGAGAACUAUAAGGUGGGUUGGGUCUGGAGGCUAAAGAUGAGGUACCCAAUUUCUUUCUUAGCAAUCCAAGAAACUCAGCUAAUGGAGGCUGGAAACAUUGAUGUACGUUCGUGUUGGGGUGAUGAUGAAUUUGGUGUUAGUAGAGUUAACGCAUCUGGGAGGCCUAGGGGUCUCCUAAACAUGUGGGACAGGAACGUGUUUACCUCUAAUGAGGUUAUCUCCUCUAGGCAUUAUAUUAUCAAUAUUGGUACAUGGGUUGGCAUUAGUGAACCUUUGAUCUUUGCUAAUAUUUAUGGGCCACAACUAAUUACUGGAAAGGCAGAAUUAUGGAAGGAACUAAUUGAAAUUAAAAACACUAAAAAUGGCAUUUGGAUUAUGAUGGGAGAUUACAAUGCUGUGAGGCACAGAGGAGAAAGAUUCAAUUCUAAUUUCUGCGAAAGAACUACAAGAGAUUUCAACAACUUCAUACACAAGAUUAGGCUUAGUGAUUUGAAAAUGGGGGGUCAUAGGUUCACCUGUUUUCACAACUCAGACCUCAAGUUAAGUAAGCUUGAUCGGUUCAUGGUCUAUCCUACUUUCCUUAAUCUAUUUCCUUAUAUCUCUGUUACUGCUCUCCCAAGGGAAAUUUCCGACCAUUGCCCUAUCCUCUUAUCUACUUCACGUAAGGAUUUUGGUCCGUCUCCAUUCAGGAUAUGGUACACCUGAUCUGUACUUAACUGCGAAGAUCAAACACAUUAAAAAUGGAUUGAAAAAAUAGAGAGCAUCUGAUUAUCCAAAGGAGGAAAAAGAACUACAGAGACCCAAGAAAUUGGUGGAGUUUCUGGACCAUGAAGCUGAGUCGCAACAGUUAACAGUCCAGGAGAUUGAUGAUAGAAUCUUAGGGUACAAAUCAAUCAUAGAGAUUGAAAUAUUCAAGUCUUUCAAUCUGAGGCAAAAAUCUCAGAUCAAAUGGGCAAUUGAUGGUGGCGAAAACACAAGCUUUUUUCAUGGUCACAUAAAUAAAAACAAUCAAAAAAAUAAGAUUGAUGGCCUAAUGAUAAAUGAUGAUUUGUGCACGGACCCAAAAAUUAUAAAGCAGGAGAUAUACUCGUUCUUUGCUGACAAAUUCAAAGAAAAAUGGUCAGUCAGACCAAAAUUGGGGAGCAACUAUUUCAAAAAAAUAUCACACGAUGACUCGCAUCUAUUAGAAUCCCCCAUCACCCUUAAGGAAAUCAAGGAGGCGGUUUGGUCUUGCGGGAAUGAAAAAGCUCCGAAGCCGGAUGGUUUCACGUUCAAAUUCAUCAAGAAAUAUCGGGAGGUUCUUCUGGGUGACAUCGCACCUGUUGUUAAAUACUUUGAGCAAUACAGAAAAAUUGAUUCUUCUUUCAACACCUCAUCUUUCUUGUUAGUCCUCAAAGAUAAGGAUCCCCUCACGAUUAGAGAUUAUAGGCCAAUUAGUCUUAUUUGGUGUAUCUACAAAAUCAUAUCCAAGAUACUAUCACUCAGAAUAAAGAAAGUGAAGGGGAACUGUAACACCGUAAAUUUUCAAACAAAAUUUUCUAUUAAAAAUCACAUAAUUCUCA